AACUGUCCGUUAAAAUAUCUAUCCGCCGUCCGAUUAUUCCAGUCACUCCGUCAAUUCUCCCUCCUUUUCCUUCAAAAUAAUUUUCAUUUCAAAAUCUAUUUCACACUCUUUCUCUUCUCCAACUUCAAAAUCAAUUCCUUCUUAAAAUCUGCAAAGAGAAGAAAAAGAUCCACAAAAAUGCCGUUUAUAUCAGAGGCAGCAAGCGCCAUUAAAAGCCGUUUCGGUUUUCACAACCGCGCUUUGGAGUCCGGGCAUCCGGCCGCCACUCCAGAUCUGAAAUCGGUUUCUAGGGAUAAUAACAGUUUAUCCUCUUCUAUAGUGUCCGGGUCAGCAGUUCGGAGUUUCACAUUAGAGGAAAAUGACGGUGGUGCUGAAGCAGGAAUCACCAGGUCUGUGGCUCCGCCGCAGCCGACUGAGAGCUUCGAGUUCUCUGAGGAUCCUUCGUUUUGGAAGGAUCAUAACGUUCAGGUUGUAAUGAGAAUAAGGCCGCUUAGCAGUUCUGAAAUAUCGUUGCAAGGUUACUCUAAGUGUGUGAGACAAGAGAGCAGUCAGACCGUUACUUGGACCGGUCAUCCGGAGUCUCGUUUCACGUUUGAUCUCGUAGCCGACGAGACCGUCACUCAGGAGCAAAUGUUUAAAGUGGCUGGAUUGCCUAUGGUUGAUAAUUGCAUUGGAGGCUAUAAUAGCUGCAUGUUUGCGUAUGGCCAAACCGGGAGUGGGAAAACUCAUACUAUGCUUGGAGACAUCGAGGGAGGCACUCGAAGACACAGUGUUAACUGUGGGAUGACACCUAGAGUAUUUGAAUAUUUGUUCUCAAGAAUACAGAAAGAAAAAGAAGCACGCAAAGAUGAAAAGAUAAAAUAUGCUUGUAAAUGCUCAUUUUUGGAAAUAUACAAUGAACAGAUUUUUGAUCUUCUAGAUCCUUCAUCUAAUAAUUUGCAGAUAAGAGAAGAUGUUAAGAAAGGAGUUUAUGUGGAAAAUCUCAAGGAGAUAGAAGUCACAAGUGCUCGAGAUGUGAUUCAACAACUUAUUCAGGGUGCUGCAAAUAGAAAAGUAGCUGCGACUAACAUGAAUCGUGCAAGUAGUCGUUCUCACAGUGUAUUUACAUGCAUCAUUGAAAGCAAGUGGGAAUCUCAAGGUGUAAUCCAUCACCGAUUUGCUCGGCUUAAUCUUGUUGAUUUAGCAGGUUCUGAAAGGCAGAAGAGUUCUGGUGCUGAAGGUGAACGUCUGAAGGAAGCUACUAAUAUCAACAAGUCACUAUCGACGUUAGGACUUGUGAUAAUGAACCUUGUUAGUAUAUCCAAUGGAAAGGCGCAACAUGUUCCGUAUCGAGAUUCCAAACUUACAUUUUUGCUUCAGGAUUCAUUGGGAGGGAAUUCAAAAACAAUUAUAGUUGCAAACAUUACUCCAUCUCUCUGUUCUUCAUUGGAGACAUUUAGCACACUGAAGUUUGCACAAAGGGCAAAAUUCAUUAAGAACAAUGCUAUCAUUAAUGAAGAUGCAUCUGGAGAUGUUAUUGCAAUGCGAGUGCAAAUUCAGCAGCUUAAGAAAGAAGUUUCCCGUCUACGCAUUUUAGCUAGUGGAGGAGCUGACAAUCUGGAUAAUGAUGCAUCAGUGUUAAGCCUCCCAGGAUCUCCUGGAUCCUUUAAUUGGGAAGGGCUUGAUGGAUCAUUUAGCGCACUUGUGCCUGAAAAAAGGAUGUCCCAGAAGAAAGACUACGAAGUUGCCCUUGUUGGGGCUUUCAGGAGGGAAAAGGACAAGGAUAUUGCUUUGAAGGCAUUGGCAGCUGAAAAUCAGGCAGCUACACAGCUGGUCAAGCAAAGAGCAGAUGAGAUACAAGGUUUAAAAAUGAGGUUACGUUUUCGAGAAGCAGGAAUUAAAAGACUAGAGGCAGUUGCUUCUGGAAAGAUUUCGGCUGAGACACACUUGUUGAAAGAAAAAGAGGAACACCUGAAGGAAAUUGAACUUUUACGUACCCAGGUAGAUCGGAACCAAGAAGUCACAAGAUUUGCCAUGGAAAAUUUGCGGCUAAAGGAAGAAAUAAGAAGGCUAAAAUCAAUUUAUGAAGAAGGCGAACAGGAGAUGAUGAGUGAACAGGUCACGGUGUUACAGAAUAAGUUGCUUGAAGCUCUUGAUUGGAAACUUAUGCACGAGUCAGAUCCCUUCGCAAUUCAGAAAACAAAGGCAGAUCCAUCUGAUCAGGAAUUUGGAGUACCAUGGCGUGCUUUAAUUAAUGAGGAAAAUGAAUUCCUCCGAAUGCAGGUGAAUAAAGCCAUUCAAAAUCAAGCAGAAAUUGACGCACUCCAUAAGCAGGCUGGCUUCUGCCUUGCAGAGAAAGAAAAAUUGGAAAGGCAAGUUAAUGAUCUGCUAGCUAAACUUGAAGAAGAGAGGUCCCCUGUAGACAUAAAGGAGCAAACACAACUGCCUGUUGUGUCAACUGAUGCAUUACUUAUUAAUAAUGAAGGCCAAAUGGAGCUCAAAACGCUGGUUGACGCCAUAGCUGCUGCAAGUCAAAGAGAAGCAGAAGCUCAUGAGAAAGCAAUUAUACUAUGUAAAGAGAAUGGAGAGCUACAAUUAAAGCUGGCUGCUUGCAUUGAGGAAAACACUGAAUUACAAACGAAGCUUAAAGCUGUAAUUGAGGAAAAAAAUUGUCUUAUUGAGAUGUAUGAACGAGCAGCUUCUGAAAGUGUCUAUAAAAUAUCCAAUAAAGCCAAGAGUAUUGAAGAUUAUGAUAUGGAAGUAAAUAAGCAAAAUGAAAUGGAAGUUGAUAGUGAUGGGAGCCAUGUUGAAUUUGCCAAGGUAAAAGAGAUUGAGAUGGAAACAAAUGUCAAGAAGCUAGAGCACCAGCUUAUGGAAAUGCAUGAAGAAAAUGAAAAAUUGAUGGGUCUGUAUGAAAAAGCUAUGCAUGAAAGGGAUGAAUUUAAAAGAACGGUUUCUUCUAGUGGACAGAAGAGAGAUGAAAGCAGAGAAUUUGGUUGCCUAGAAGGACAGAAGAGAGAUGAAAGCAGAGAAUUUGGUUGCCUAGAAAAGCUUGUUGAAGUUGAUGGGGGAAUACGUAGUUGGUCAUGUGCAUCGCCCAGUGACCUCGAAGCAAAUAUAUUGGAGUCAAGUGCUUUGGUAUUAGCUAAAGCUGAUGAAGAAGUUCUAUUUACUGAAUCCGUUCCGUGCUCUGCCUUUGAUGAUGUAUCUGAUGGACACGACUUAUUUCAAAUGGAUUAUCAGCCAGAAGCAAGAGAUCAGAUUGACAUUGGAACUGCAGUCGAGGUUUCAAAAGAUCUAGAUUUGGUUAGAAUGAAACCGGAAACAGAAGCUAUUAGAGUUUCGGAUAGUAUUCUAGGUUCAGUUGAGAAAGCUUUUGUGGAAUUUGAUAAGCUUUGGAGGGAAAUUGAAGCAGCAGAAGAGGAAUAUCUGGUGAGGCAGCAAGAGUUUAUAUCCUUGGGAUAUCUUUCUUCAGAAAUUCACAAAAGAAAAGCUCUCUCAGAUAAGAAACUAUCAGAACUUAAAUAUUCACUGUCAAGCUUUUCGCAGUUAUUUAGUUAUUUCGAACAGCGAGAAAAGAGAGCGAGGGAGAGGGUGAAUGCUUCAACAACAUACCUUGAUGAAAAGAAACAGGAUUUAGCCCGUCUUUCAGUUUCCAAGUGCGAAACUGAGGCUGCUCUGGCAAGGAAUCAACAAGAAGAAACCGAAUUAAGAAAGACUUACAAAAAUCUGAAAUCCAAACUCAGGCAAGAAAAUGAGAAGGUUCUGUUUCCCAUAGAUAACAUGGAGAAACCGGACUUGAAGUUGCAUAUAGGCUGUAAAGCUAGUGAUUUGCUGAAAUAUGAAGAAGAAAAAGCCGAGAUAAACCAGACCCGAGAGAAGCUUGGGGUGAUAACAAGUGAUAUUGAGAAAUUGAGUAGGAAGUGUGAGAAGAUAAACAAUGAGAUGGUAGUUAUUAAGAAAGAAAUAGAUAAAGGGUCAAGAUCUAUCGAGGAGCUCGAACUUGCAGUUGAGGCUGUUGUUCGGGAAAAGAAAAUGGCGUCGGAGAUGAAAGAGAACGGUAUUGUUGAAUAUCAGCAGAGUGUGUUUGAGAUGGAUUUGAAAGAAGAGGAGAUUAAAAUAAUGGAACAACAUUUACUGCUGGACUUGACAACACUGGAAGAGUUGAAAGCAAAGUGGAACAAGACUUGCGAAAUGUACAGGCUUCUGUUCUAGAGCCAAACAGAUUACUACACUUUUAAUAAUCUUUCAUGUUUCAUCUCUGUCUAUAUCACUAAUGUAUUAGAUAAUAAAUCAAUUCUAUUGAGUGUUGAUUUUGUGCUUA